CUAUAUCAGAAUCUAAGCCUCAAGAGGAACUAGUACCAGCAAGGUAAGUCUAUUUACAUUCAUUUUAAAAUGUAUUUUAUAUUUUAUAAACAAUGCAAAACAAUUUAUUCUGCUUUUAUAAACAAUGCAAAACAAUUUAUUCUGCUGAUAGGAAAAAUUGGUAGAGGACCAGAUCGAUUACAGUACAAUAUAUUUUUUCAUUUGCGAUGCAAAAGGAUAAAAUCAAAUUGCUAUACUGCAAUGAUUUUAGAAGCUGCCUAUAAUCUGUGCACAAGGGAAAUGUGUAACAUUGUCUUCUGUUGUUCCUAUACAUCUUCUACAUUAUGGGGCGGUUUCCAGGCCAUAGAUGAAAACGAUUAAAUAAUUACACAAUAACAAAUGUUUACUGUAACACAAAUUGAAUUGUAACUUGUUAAAAAUGCAUUCCACCUGUCUUUGCUUUCACAAACACCUGAAAAGCUGAUUUGGGGUGGAUUUUUUUCCUAAAUAUACUGAACAAAAAUAUAGACACAACAUGUAUAGUGUUGGUCCCAUGUUUCAUGAGCUGAAAUAAAAGAUCCCAGAAAUGUUCCAUACGCACAAAAAGCUUAUUUCUCUCAAAUGUUGUGCAUACAUUUGUUUACAUCCCUGUUAGUGAGCAUUUCUCAUUUUCCAAGAUAAUCCAUCCACUUGACAGGUGUGGCAUAUAAAGAAGCUGAUUAAACAGCAUGAUUAUUACACAGGUGCACCUUGUGCAGGGGACAACAAAAUGCCACUCUAAAAUGUGCAGUUUUGUCACACAACACAAUGCCACAAGUGGGUGGGCUUGGCUCCGGUAGGGAAUCCUGGAUUAAGAAGCAUUUUCAAUGGAGAUUCACUAUUGAACUUGCUUUUUAGUCCAGGACCGGGCUAAAACUGUGUCUAUCAAACUGCCACUAAAUGUUAUGUUUUUUUGUGAAAUAAAUAAAAGUCAAAUUGCUGACUUACAUCAAGUGCUUUGCGUUUCUUGGCUAGUAGAUUCUCGAUGUCUGAAGCCACCUUCUCCACCAUCUCAUAGGGAGAAUUCUUUACCAGGCUGAACUGCCUUCUUUUCUCAUUGUAGAUCUGCAAAAAGAGUACAAAAACAGACAACAUCAAUUGAAGUGCAGUUAAAUGAUAGUUCCACAUAUGUUGUACAUGUACUGAUUCUAUUACUGCAUUUCACAUCAUUUGCAACAGUUUUCGAUCCUUGAGUUGACAGCAACAAGGAGGCACUCAGCACACACAGACCAUAUACAGUGCAUUCAGAAAGUAAUCAGACCCCUUGACUUUUUCCACAUUUUGUUAGGUUACAGGCUUAUUCUAAAAUAGAUUAACAUUUUUUUCACAUCAACCUACACACAUCUUGGGAGGAUCCAAGAUGGCGUAGCAGUGUGGUCGUGUUCUUUGUUGUGUGUCCGUGUAAAUAGCCUGUUUUUUGUAUUUAUUUUGUAUUUUUCGUACUUAUUUCCCCAUCACACUUUUCAUCCUUCUACAAAAUAUACUUUCCUGCAACCUGCCUCACUCAAUGUGGAACGGAUUCUAUUAUUGACUUACCUUUUAUCUAGAAUCUCCAGUUGAAACUAGCUAGCCAGCUAACUAGCUACUUGCUAUUAGCCACCGUUAGCGGUUUUCACCCAGAACAUCGUAUUUUCUGCCGGAAUAACUGAAUCACUGGACAUUAACACCGGAUCGCAACUAGCUAGCCGCAACCGGAUGGAUGUUGCUGUUGGCUAAUCACUGCUGCCCCCGAAGCAAGCACCAGUUAGCCACGAGCUAGCCUCGAGCCAGGCCCAUAUCCCGGCUAUCUACCUCUCUGUCUACAGGACGGGAGUAGCCAGCUAACUAGCUACUUGCUAUUAGCCACCGUUAGCGGUUUUUCACCAUUGUCCGUGGCCUGCACUACCUACCAGCCAGCUCUAGCCUGGACUAUUAUCGGCCAGUCUGCACAGCGCGUUAUCGACCCAGAACAUAUCGGUUUUUCUGCCGGAAUCACUGAAUCACUGGACCUUUAAUACCGGAUCAUCGCAACUAGCUAGCUGCAACCAAAUGGAUGUAGUUGUUGGCUAAUCAGCUCUGAGCUAGCCUCGAGCCAGGCCCAUCUCCUGGCUAUCUACCUCUCUGUCAUCCGGACGGGACCUCCUAGUGUUGACACGGAGCCCCGCCGAUCCAACACGACUGGUCUGCCGACGAAACCGUCUGAUGUGGUUUCAACAGGCUUCCCGUUACGACGUUGACCACGAAGAUCCAUCUGCUAGCCCCGGCCUGCUAGCACACGUAAGCCGUGGCCUCUUACUCGCCAGUGCUGUAGAAGCCCCCGAACUACCUUCGAACUCUCCUAUUGCUGUUCACCGGACCUUAUAACUCAGCAAUACAGCUGAUGCCUGCUGGACUGUUCCUUUAUACGGUACCGCAUCCUGUUUAUGUUUAGCCUCAGCCCAAACUUUGUCGCCAUUACCAGCUGUUGUCUUAGCUCUCUCGAAUAACACCUGUGAUUGCUUUAUGCCUCUCUCCCAUGUCAAUAUGCCUUGCUUAUUGCUGUUUCGGUUAUUUCUUAUUGUACUAUUUCACUGUAGAUCCCCCAGCCCAGCUCAACCUGCCUUAGAUAGCUCCUUUGUCCCACCCCCCAUACACGCGGAGACCGACUCAAAUCGGUGCCUCCAGUGAUGCUAUCUCUUUCAUCGUUACCAAACGCUUAGGUUUACCUCCACUGUACUCAUAUCCUUCCAUAUUCUUGUCUGUACAUAAUGCCCUGAAUCUAUUCUACAACGCCCGGAAAUCUGCCCCUUUUUUUCUCUGUACCCAACGCACUAGAAGACCAGUACUUAAAGCCUUUAGCCGUAUCCUUAUUCUACUCCUCCUCUGUUCCUCUGGUGAUGUAGAGCUUAACCCAGGCCCUGUAGCCCCCAGUAUCACUCCUACUCCCCAGGCGUUAUCAUUUGUUGACUUCUGUAACCGUAAAAGCCUUGGUUUCUUGCACGUUAACAUCCGAAAGCCUCCUCCCUAAGUUUGAGUUAUUCACUGCAUUAGCACACUCCGCCAACCCUGAUGUUCUAGCAGUGUCUGAAUCCUGGCUUAGGAAGGCCACCAAAAAUACAGAAAUGUCCAUCCCCAACUACAACAUUUUCCGUCUCGAUAGAACUGCCAAAGGGGGUGGGGUUGCAAUCUACUGUAGAGAUAGACUGCAGAGCUCUAUCGUACUAUCCAGGUCUGUGACCAAACAGUUUGCGCUUCUACUUCUAAAAAUCCACCUUUCCAGAAAUAAGUCUCUCACUGUUGCCGCUUGCUAUAGACCCCCCUCAGCCCCGAGCUGUGCCCUGGACACCAUAUGUGAACUGAUUGCCCCCAUCUAUCCUCAGAGUUCGUACUGCUUGGUGACCUAAACUGGGAUAUGCUUAACACCCCGACCAACCUACAAUCUAAACUAGAUGCCCUCAAUCUCGCACAAAUUAUCAACAAACCUACCAGGUACAACCCUAAAUCUGUAAACAUGGGCACCCUCAUAGAUAUCAUCCUGACAAAUUUACCCUCUAAAUUCACCUCCGCUGUCUUCAACCAGGAUCUCAGCGAUCACUGCCUUAUUGCCUGCGUCCGUAAUGGGUCUGCGGUCAAACAACCACCCCUCAUCACUGUCAAACGCUCCCUAAAACACAUUAGCGAGCAGGCUUUUCUAAUUGACCUGGCCCGGGUAUCCUGGUUGGAUAUUGACCUCGUUCCGUCAGUAGAGGAUGCCUGGUUGUUCUUUAAAAGUGUUUUCCUCUCAAUCUUAUAUAAGCAUGCCCCAUUCAAAAAAUUCAGAACUAAGAACAGAUAUAGCCCCUGGUUCUCCUCAGACUUGACUGCCCUUGACCAGCACAAAAACAUCCUGUGGCGUACUGCAUUAGCAUCGAACAGCCCCCGCGAUAUGCAACUUUUCAGGGAAGUCAGGAACCAAUAUACACAAUCAGUUAGGAAAGCAAAGGCUAGCUUUUUCAAACAGAAAUGUGCAUCCUGUAGCACUGACUCCAAAAUGUUUUGGGACACUGUAAAGUCCAUGGAAAAUAAGAGCACCUCCUCCCAACUGCCCACUGCACUGAGGCUAGGAAACACUGUCACCACCGAUAAAUCUACAAUAAUUGAGAAUUUCAACAAGUAUUUUGCUACGGCUGGCCAUGCUUUCCACCUGGCUACCACUACCCCGGCCACCAGCUCUGCACCCUCCGCUGCAACUUGCCCAUGCCCCCUUGUUCUCAACUGGCUUACCUGGUUAAAUAAAGGUUAAAUAAAAAUAAAUAAACACAAUACCCCAUAAUGACAAAGCAAAAAAGGUUUUUAGAUUUUUUUUGCAAAUGUAUUGAAAUUAAAAACAGAAAUAUGACAUUUACAUAAGUAUUCAGACCCUUUACCUAAUACUUUGUUGAUGCACCUUUGGCAGCAAUUACAGCCUCAAGUCUUUUUGGGUAUGACACUACAAGCUUGGCACACCUGUAUUUGGGGAGUUUCUCCCAUUCUUCACUGCAGAGUCUAUCAAGCUCUGUCAGGUUGGCCGGCGCUUGGCAUUGCGCAUGGAGAUCUUAGGCUUGUGUGCGGCUGCUCGGCCAUGGAAACCCAUUUCAUGAAGCUCCCGACGAACAGUUCUUGUGCUUCCAGAGGCAGUUUGGAACUCGGUAGUGAGUGUUGCAACCGAGGACAGACCAUUUUUACGCGCUUCAGCACUCGGCGUUCCCGUUCUGUGAUCUUAUGUGGCCUACCACUUCACGGUUGAGUAACUGACUUGUUGGAAAGGUGGUAUCAUUUUCAUCAUUUAGCAGACGCUCUUAUCCAGAGCGACUUACAAAAUGGUGCAUUCACCUUAUAGCCAGUGGGAUAACCACUUUACAAUAUGUUAUUUUUUUUUUGGGGGGGGGGGUAAGGGGGGGUAGAAGGAUUACUUUAUCCUAUCCCAGGUAUUCCUUAAAGAGGUGAGGUUUCAAGUGUCUCCGGAAGGUGGUGAGUGACUCCGCUGUCCUGGUGUCGUGAGGGAGCUUGUUCCACCAUUGGGGUGCCAGAGCAGCAAACAGUUUUGACUGGGCUGAGCGGGAACUUGGGAAGGUUGAACACCAGACGGGCUGCGGCAUUCUGGAUGAGUUGUAGGGGUUUAAUGGCACAGGCAGGGAGCCCAGCCAACAGCGAGUUGCAGUAAUCCAGACGGGAGAUGACAAGUGCCUGGAUUAGGACCUGUGCCGCUUCCUGUGUAAGGCAGCGUAGUACUCUCCGAAUGUUGUUUCCUAUGUUGUAUCCUAUGACGGUGCCACGUUGAAAGUCACUGAGCUCUUCAGUACGGACCAUUCUACUGCCAAUGUUUGUCUAUGGAGAUUGCAUGGCUGUGUGCUCAAUUUUAUACACCUGUCUGUUAGGCUAUGGUUCAACCCAGCACUCAGAGAAACAAACACGACUAAGGGAGUGGAGGAAACAAAAAUUAUUUUAAUAAAAGUUCAAUUUGUCUUAGUCCAAAAACAACUGAAGAAAAGGAACAGAGUGGGCUAGUCGGCUCCGGAGGAAGGAGAGGCUGAGGCAGGCAGGCAGGCCGGCAGGCAGGAAGGCAGGUUGGGAGGUGUGUCUGAACUGAAGACAAAACAAACGACAGGUUAAGGAGAGUAAAGAGCCAGGCUGAAGACAAAGACAAUUUAACUCUACUGGUGAGCCAAGUUACCGCUCUAGUAAGAACAACGAUCUGGCGCCGGUGGAGAGCCAUGCCCAUGAAUUAGUAGUGCAGGUUGAUGAGAGAAUAGGAUGCAGCUGCGUAGGCAGGAAUCACUGGAAACAACCCGCAGCUGCACAGGAGAGGCAGAUCCUGAGCACGCCCCCCGAUCCACUCCAGACACACCCACAUAAUGGGGACAAACACACAUACAGAUACAACAGACAAAGAGGGGACAAAACAAGGAAGAAGGGAAACAGAAAAGGGAGAGACAAGCUGCCCACAUAACACUGUCAGCAACGGGUGUGGCUGAAAUAGCCGAAUCCACUAAUUUGAAGGGGUGUCCACAUACUUUUGACCAUGUAGUGUAGCUACUAGGGCCGGGACGAUACCAAUAUCGCAAUAUUCGUAAGUAUCGUGGCAAGGAAACAAAACACGAAGCGAAGCAGAUUAAACUUAUUUAGGAAAACAGCCCUAAUGUUGGAAACAAACAUCAUUAUGUUGUCAUCCAGAGUCACAUUUAACUAUUUUCCAAGCUAUAGCACACAAUAUUUUACAUACACCAGGUAUUUAAAGGACCAAAGAGUUUGGUCUGCUUCGUAUUUUCAUUUUUGCCAUGGAAAAAAUAUUGUAAUACUGGUAUCGUCCAAGCCCUAAUAGCUGCAGUGCAGACAUGACAUACUAUUCAACCCAAAUAGUCUUUUCACAUUUCAGGGUUGAGAUAAAGGUCCAAUGCAGCUGUUUUUUAUCUCACUAUCAAAUCAUUUCUGGAGAACAAUUAAGUACCUUUCUGUGAUUGUUUUAAAUUAAAAUGGUUAAAAACAAACAAAAAUAGCUUCUUAGCAAAGAGCAAUUUCUCAAGCAAGAAUUUUGCUAGGACUGUCUAGGAGUGGGGAGGGGGAAACUAAAAACUAGCUGUUAUAUGCAGAGAGUUUUGGAACUACAGUGGGGGAAAAAAGUAUUUAGUCAGCCACCAAUUGUGCAAGUUCUCCCACUUAAAAAGAUGAGAGAGGCCUGUAAUUUUUCAUCAUAGGUACACGUCAACUAUGACAGACAAAAUGAGAAAAAAAAAUCCUGAAAAUCACAUUGUAGGAUUUUUUAUUAAUUUAUUUGCAAAUUAUGGUGGAAAAUAAGUAUUUGGUCAAUAACAAAAGUUUCUCAAUACUUUGUUAUAUACCCUUUGUUGGCAAUGACACAGGUCAAACGUUUUCUGUAAGUCUUCACAAGGUUUUCACACACUGUUGCUGGUAUUUUGGCCCAUUCCUCCAUGCAGAUCUCCUCUAGAGCAGUGAUGUUUUGGGGCUGUCGCUGGGCAACACGGACUUUCAACUCCCUCCAAAGAUUUUCUAUGGGGUUGAGAUCUGGAGACUGGCUAGGCCACUCCAGGACCUUGAAAUGCUUCUUACGAAGCCACUCCUUCAUUGCCCGGCCGGUGUGUUUGGGAUCAUUGUCAUGCUGAAAGACCCAGCCACGUUUCAUCUUCAAUGCCCUUGCUGAUGGAAGGAGGUUUUCACUCAAAAUCUCACGAUACAUGGCCCCAUUCAUUCAUUCAUUAAUUCCUUUACACGGAUCAGUCGUCCUGGUCCCUUUGCAGAAAAACAGCCCCAAAGCAUGAUGUUUCCACCCCCAUGCUUCACAGUAGGUAUGGUGUUCUUUGGAUGCAACUCAGCAUUCUUUGUCCUCCAAACACGACGAGUUGAGUUUUUACCAAAAAGUUCUAUUUUGGUUUCAUCUGACCAUAUGACAUUCUCCCAAUCCUCUUCUGGAUCAUCCAAAUGCACUCUAGCAAACUUCAGACGGGCCUGGACAUGUACUGACUUAAGCAGGGGGACACGUCUGGCACUGCAGGAUUUGAGUCCCUGGCGGCGUAGUGUGUUACUGAUGGUAGGCUUUGUUACUUUGGUCCCAGCUCUCUGCAGGUCAUUCACUAGGUCCCCCCGUGUGGUUCUGGGAUUUUUGCUCACCGUUCUUGUGAUGAUUUUGACCCCACGGGGUGAGAUCUUGCGUGGAGCCCCAGAUCGAGGGAGAUUAUCAGUGGUCUAGUAUGUCUUCCAUUUCCUAAUAAUUGCUCCCACAGUUGAUUUCUUCAAACCAAGCUGCUUACCUAUUGCAGAUUCAGUCAUCCCAGCCUGGUGCAGGUCUACAAUUUUGUUUCUGGUGUCCUUUGACAGCUCUUUGGUCUUGGCCAUAGUGGAGUUUGCAGUGUGACUGUUUGAGGUUGUGGACAGGUGUCUUUUAUACUGAUAACAAGUUCAAACAGGUGCCAUUAAUACAGGUAACGAGUGGAGGACAGAGGAGCCUCUUAAAGAAGAAGUUACAGGUCUGUGAGAGCCAGAAAUCUUGCUUGUUUGUAGGUGACCAAAUACUUAUUUUCCACCAUAAUUUGCAAAUAAAUUCAUUAAAAAUCCUACAAUGUGAUUUUCUGGAGAAAAAAAAUCUCAAUUUGUCUGUCAUAGUUGACGUGUACCUAUGAUGAAAAUUACAGGCCUCUCUCAUCUUUUUAAGUGGGAGAACUUGCACAAUUGGUGGCUGACUAAAUAAUUUUUUUCCCCACUGUAAAUUCUCCACUUCAUGAGUGAAUUCAAUAACUAAAUUGGAAUUUCAAAUGAAAUUGGAAUUGACCCCAACCCUGUUACAUUCCCUCUCAGAAAAGCAAACAUGGGCGGAGGAGAAUCAACGCCAGCACAGACACCCCCACCAAUCCCACCAGAGAAGGGUAAGAGAGAUACGACAUAUCGGUCAAAUACAGUCAACCCCUGAUAGUGAAUAUCAGGUGUGAGUGCAAAUUCUGUUCAAGCACAGUGCAUCAGUCCCAAUUAUUUUUACUUGUUCUGGGAAUCUGCAUUCACCGUUUUAGCGCAUGCAUUGACCACAGCCCCAAGGCAUUACAUAUAUAGUACAUACCCUGUGUCAUUGACUGUAGACUACUCUCAUUAAAUAUGUGUCAUUGUAAUCAAAAUCUUCAAAUUAUUUUGAAAGUAAGAGAUUGGAAUGUGGAAAACAAUAAUUAAGUUAAGUUAAUCAAAAUGUGUUCCAUGUGUGUCACACAGAAUUUGACCAACAAUGGAGGAAAACAUGUUGGAGGUAAGUACUGUACUGACAGACCAAAUAUGGAGGAUGAAGGAGAAAGAGAGAGAAAGUCAAAUGGACGUUUUGGUUAUCAUUACAAUCACUAUCAAGGGUUGUGUUGUGUGAAUAGUGUGCUAUGCUAAAUUGCUGAUAUCAGUUUUCCCACCAUCUUAAAUCAGUUAAGUCCUGGUGUAAUCUUGAUGCAAUUUCCCUGUACAUAAUUAUAAGCAGUCCACGGCCACUAUUUUGCAUAGAAUCUGUGCCACAAAUGCUAAAAGGUUAGCAUUUGGAAACAGUGGCCAGGUAAACAAAACAAGAAGUAACAGGUACUCUAUAUUGUCUCUGACAGUAAAAGAGAGAGAGACCAAAUGGUGGAUGACCUGAGGAGCUUUAAAGUGAGUGAUCCUGACGUGGGUCAGCUCAGAUGCCUGCUACAUGGACCAGUCGGUUCUGGAAAGUCCAGCUUCAUCAACUCAGUCAACAAUGUCUUCCAAAAUCGGACAACAGGUGGUGCCCUGGUAGCUGCUACCUCUGGCACAAGCUUCACCACGACAGUAAGCUGCAGUGCCUAAUACAUUUAACACAGACACAAUGCAGGCAUGGGAUAUGGCUCCCUAAUAUAUCCUGGUACACUAAGACAUACAGUAUUUAAUGAGCUACAAACAGGCAGAACAGAGACAUGAAGAGGGACUUAUAGAAACAAAGAGAGGUUGUUUGCGCUCUUUUAAAUGCAAAACGUAGUCAAUCACAGGGGCGUAGGUUUGAAAAAGUAGGAUCAUGGAAAGGAUAGAUACAAGCAGACUGUUGGAAACUUCUAAAAUGGAGACUCAGAUGCACAAAUGUAUAUAAUUUAUAUAUUUUUAUAUCAAAAGGUGCAUAAUGAAAAGGAUCAAGACAAAUGAAAGCACACAAAUCUGUCUAUAAAUAAAAUAUAAAUGAGUUGAUUACAUCACAUAAUCAAGCCUAGAUAAAUGCAAAGGAUGUAACUAAGAAAUGGGUUCCUUGAGUGGCGCAGCGGUCUAAGGCACUUCAUCGCAGUGCUAGGUGCGUCACUAUAGACCAGGGUUUGACCCCGGCUGUAUCACAACCGGCCGUGAUCGGGAGUCCCAUAGGGUGGCGCGCAAUUGGCCCAGCGUCGUCCGGGUUAGUGGAGGGUUUGGCCGGGGUAGGCCGUCAUCGUAAAUAAGAAUUUGUUCUUAACUGACUUGCCUACUAGUUCAAUAAAAUAAAAUAAAAACUACACAGUAGAACACAAAGUAGAAAUGUUAAAUUAUGUAUUCUACUGCUUAGUUACAUCCUUUGACUUAAAAACCGAAACGUUGGUCUUGCAUUUCUACUUUAUGCACCUUUUUGCACAUUUCGGGGCAAUGUGCCCUAAAUAAAUUAUAUAUCUUCUGUAUAACACCGCUACCUUGUCACAGCACAACUGGUUGGCUCAAACGCAUUAAGAAGGAAAGAAAUUCCACAAAUUAACUUUUAACAAGGCACACCUGUUAACUGAAAUACAUUCCAGGUGACUACCUCAUGAAGCUGGUUGAGAGAAUGCCAAGAGUGUGCAAAGCUGUCAUCAAGGCAAAGGGUGGCUACAAAAUAUAACAUAUAUUUUGAUUUGUUUAACACUUUCUUUUGGUUACUACAUGAUUCCAUAUGUCAAAAUAAAGAAAAACCCUUGAAUGAGUAGGUGUGUCAAUUCAAAUAUAAAUAUAAAAUAGACACACACACACAACAUUUACACUAGGAACAGCUUUCUACUAUUGUGUUGCACCCCCUUUUGUCCUCAAAACAGCCUUCAUUCAUCGGUGUAUGGACUCUACAAGGUGUCGAAAGCGUUCCACAGGGAUGCUGGCCCAUGUUGACUCCAAUACUGGAUGUUGGCUGGAUGUCCUUUGGGUGGUGGACCAUUCUUGAUAUACACGGGAAACUGUUGAGCGUGAAAAACCCAGCAGCGUUGCAGUUCAUUACACAAACCGGUGCGCCUGGCACCUACUACCAUACCCCGUUCAAAGGCACUUAAAUCUUUUGUUUUGCCCAUUCACCCUCUGAAUGGCACACAUACACAAUCCAUGUCUCAAUUGUCUCAAGGCUUGAAAAUGAUUCUUUAACCUGUCUCCUCCCCUUCAUCUACACUGAUUGAAGUAGAUUUAACAAGUGACAUCAAUAAAGGAUCAUAGCUUUCACCUGUCAUGGAAAAAUCAGGUGUUCCUAAUGUUCUGUACGCUCGGUGUAUAUAUUUGUUGACUCUGAGCCUCAGUUUGGGAUCUUUUUCAUGUUUCCGAGUGUGAGGGUAUCUAUCCUUUCCAUAGAAAAAAAACGAUAAAUGUUAUUAAAUAAACCAUUUAUUUUCAGUAUGACACACACUACAUUCAAGGCCGUUCAGGAGAAAAACGUCUUCCCUUUGCAUUCAAUGAUGUCAUGGGUCUGGAAACACAAAAAAAUGGGAUGCACCCUGAUGACAUCAUCAAUGCUCUGAAGGGCCAUCUACCAGAGGGCUAUGAGGUAAUUCAGAAGUCACACACACACACAGACACACACACACACACACACACACACACACACACACACACACACACACACUAACAAAUCUUAUCUUUUCUUGGCCAGUUCAACCCUUUCCACCCAUUAACGGACAAAAAAAAAGAAUUCAUUCAAAAUCCCAGCUUUAGUGACAAAGCUCACUGCCUGGUGAGUAUUGUGACAGCCGACAAAAUCUCUCUCAUGUCAAAGGAUGUCAUAGACAAGAUGAAGAACAUCAGGGCAGAAGCCAGUAGAAUGAGUAAGUAAGAUCUUUAAACUCUCUACGUUUCUCAAUGGUAACUGCAACUAUGGCUGGGUAUCAAUUGACACCUUUCAGCUGCAGCUCUUGACUUUUCACUAUUACAUGAUACAGUGUUACUUACAGUGCAUUCGGAAAGUAUUCAGACCCCUUGACUCUCUCCACAUUUUGUUAUGUUUCUGCCUUAUUCUAAAAUGGAUGAAAUUGUUUUCCCCCCUCAAUAACCCAUAAUGACAAAGCAAAAACAGGUAUUUAUAAAUCUUGGCAAAUGUAUUAAUAUAAAAAAUGGAAAUAUCACAUUUACAUAAUUAUUCAGACCCUUUACUCAGUACUUUGUUGAAGCACCUUUGGCAGCGAUUACAGCCUCGAAUCUUCUUGGGUAUGACGCCACAAGCUUGGCACACAUAUAUUUGGGGAGUUUCUCCCAUUCUUCUCUGCAGAUCCUCUCAAGCGCUGUAAGGUUGGAUGGGGAGUGUUGCUGCACAGCUAUUUUCAGGUCUCUCCAAAGAUGUUCGAUCGGGUUCAAGUCUGGGCUCUGGCUGGGCCACUCAAGGACAUUCAGAGACUUGUCCCGAAGCCACUCCUGCAUUGUCUUGGCUGUGGGCUUAGGGUCGUUGUCCUGUUGGAAGGUGAACCUUCGCCCCAGUCUGAGGUCCUGGAACAUGUUUUCAUCAAGGAUCUCUCUGUACUUUGCUCUGUUCAUCUUUCCCUCGAUCCUGACUAGUCUCCCAGUCCCUGCCGCUGAAAAACAUCCCCACAGCAUGAUGCUGCCACCACCAUGCUUCACCGUAGGGAUGGUGCCAGGUUUCCUCCAGAUGUGAUGCUUGGUAUUCAGGCCAAAGAGUUCAAUCUUGGUUUCAUCAGACCCGAGAAUCUUGUUUCUCAUGGUCUGAGGGUCUUUAGGUGCCUUUUGGCAAACUCCAAGCGGGCUGUCAUCUGCCUGAGGACUGGCUUCCGUCUGGCCACUCUACCAUAAAGGCCUGAUUGGUGGCGUGCUGCACAGAUGGUUGUCCUUCUGGAAGGUUCUCCCACCUACACAGAGGAACUCUAGAGCUCGGUCAGAGAGACCAUCGGGUUCUUGGUCACCUGCCUGACCAAGGCCCUUCUCUCCCGAUUGCUGAGUUUGGCCAGGCGGCCAGCUCUAGGAAGUGUCUUGGUGGUUCCAAACUUCUUUCAUUUAAGAAUGAUAGAGGCCACUGUGUUCUUGUGGACCUUCAAUGCUGCAGAAAUGUUUUGGUAACCUUCCCCAGAUCUGUGCCUCGACACAAUCCUGUCUCUGAGCUCUACGGACAAUUCCUUUGACCUCAUGGCUUGGUUUUUGCUCUGACAUGCACUGUCAACUGUGAGACCUUAUAUAGACAGGUGUGUGCCUUUCCAAAUCAUGUCCAAUUAAUUGAAUUUACCACAGGUGGACUCCAAUCAAGUUGUAGAAACAUCUCAAGGAUGAUCAAUGGAAACAGGAUGCACCUGAGCUCAAUUUCGAGUCUCAUAGCAAAGGGUCUGAAUACUUAUGUAAAUAAGGUAUUUAUUUUAGUUUUACAUUAGUUUUACAAUUUUUAAAUAUUUAAUCCAUUUUAGAAUAAGGCUGUAACGCAACAAAAUGUGGAAAAAGUCAAGGGGUCUGAAUACUUUCCGAAGGCACUAUAUGUUAGUCCUUCUAUUCAUUAAAUAUUCACUUCUACGGCAGAAAUCCCUCAAGUUGUUGUCAUGACCAUGCCAGACAAGGCUUGUGAACUGGUGAACAGAGAUGUGAAGAGAAUCUACUACAGCAAGACGAUCAAAGAGAAGGUGAAUCACAUGACCUCAGACCUGAUCAAAUUUCACAUUGGCUGCGUUCUAUGCUGACUACAUUACAGACGCAUGCCAAAUCUCACAUUGCCUGGACAAGUGUUUAACAUGUCAGCUAACCAUAAAAUAUGAUGAGGCAAUCUGAUGCCCAACUGCACAGUUGAUGAUGUGGCACGCAACCAUUGGUUAAUGCAAUGCAAUAUCUGCAAUGUAGUCAGCCAUUAAAUCUUGGUUGUGCUGAAAUGAUCCAAUGAUCAUCACUCAAGCAUCCAGCCCUUUUUGUCUCCAACGUUUUUCAGAUGGAGAUCUGCAGUAAUGAGCUAGGCGUUCCCAUGAACUGCAUCCUGCCGGUGAAGAACUACCACGAGGAGGGGAUGCUGGAUGACGACAUGGAUAUCCUGAUACUCAACGCCAUGACUCAGAUUAUGAACUUUGCCAACGACUACCUCUGGAACCUCCAACAACAUGCAAUUCAUUAAGAGAUUAGUGAGCACUGCAGUUUAAGAUUGGAAUCAAGUUCCUAAUUUCUAUAUUGUUGACAUUGUAGUCGUAUUAUUUCACUUCCAUGUAGAGGCCUAAAUAUGUUAUCUGAGGCUCUGGUAGAACUAUGCAUCUCUGACUGAGUAUGCAUCUCUGCGUGACAAGAACAUCUUUAAAAUAAACUGAGCAUUGCUGUGCAUAUAUGCUACUUUUUAACAUUAACACCCAACAGUGUACAAUUGUGUUAGAUAAACUAGCAUCCUUCACCUGAAUUCUUUAGAUGACAAACUGAUUUUAAACCAUAAUUUGUUUUACUGAUAUUGCUGUAACAUUCAUUUGAUGUGACAUUAUUGUUGUAUCUUUUUUUUUAGCUUUUCUGCUUAAGUUGACUUAAUUUCUUCUUAAUUUCCAG